ACGAGCAUCUGGGUGCCCAGGGCGAUCCGCGCCGUCAAGAUGCUGGGCCUGCGAGCGAUGGGCGCCCGCCUGGGCGUGGGCAGGAGCCUCGCGCGGCCGCUGUCGAGCGUGGCGGCGCCGAGCUCCGAGCUCGGGUCCUUCGACUACGGGUUUAAGAAGGACCGCAUCGCGAAGACGACGAGCGGCGCCGCGGAGAACCGGGGCUUCACGUACCUCGUCAUGGGGUCGAACAAGUUCAUCUACGCGUCGGCCGUGCGCAUCGGGGCGCUCAAAUUCAUCGCGACGAUGUCCGCGUCCAAGGACGUGCUCGCGCUCGCGAGCGCCGAGUUCGACGUCGGCGCCGUCGAGGAGGGGCAGACGAUCACGGUCAAGUGGCGCGGCAAGCCCGUCUUCAUCCGCCACCGCACGGCCGAGGAGAUCGCCCAGUCCGAGGCCGUGACCCUCGACGAGCUCCGCGACCCCCAGCUCGACAGCGAGCGCGUCGACACGUCCGAGUGGCUCGUCGUCAUGGGCAUCUGCACGCACCUGGGCUGCGUGCCCAUCGCCAACGCCGGCGACUACGGCGGCUGGUUCUGCCCCUGCCACGGCUCCCACUACGACGUCUCCGGCCGCAUCCGCAAGGGGCCCGCGCCGCUCAACCUCGAGAUCCCGCCCUACAAGUUCACGGACGACACGAACCUCCUCGUCGGCUAGGCGGCGGUACCCGGCGCCGCGGUCGGGCCGCGGCAUCCCUCUUUUCUCCUCCUCCCUUUGAGUUCCCCCGCUCUCUCUAUUAAGUUCUAGUACCGC